AUGCCGCGGGGUCACGGCGGUGACGAGAGCGGCGGCGGCGGCGGCUUCGGUGUCGUCGGCUCCGGAAUUUGGCUCAAGACUUCCCCGGGACGCUCGGCGAAGGAUGUGGAGUUCGGCCAUAGGACGAUGAACCACGCGGUUCGGACCGGGACCGGGGACGGACUGGGGCUAGGGCCGCCGGGCGCCGCCGACAGAGGGAAGCAGGGCGCCCGUCUCAGCUUGCUGGGCAAGCCACUGACGUACAGCGCGCAAGGCGGCAGGAGAAACGCGCGCUACCGCUGGCUCCAGAAUUACCUGUACAACGUCCUGGAGAGACCUCGGGAGUGGGCGUUCGUCUAUCACGCAUUUGUGUUCAUCCUGGUUUUUGGAUGCUUGGUCUUAUCUGUGUUUUCUACCAUUCCUGCUCACCAAGAGUUCUCCUCACACUGUCUUCUCAUUCUGGAGUUUGUAAUGAUCGUCGUCUUCGGUCUGGAGUACAUCAUCCGAAUAUGGAGCGCCGGCUGCUGCUGUCGCUAUCGAGGCUGGCAAGGACGCCUCCGCUUUGCCCGAAAGCCAUUUUGUGUCAUCGACAUCAUCGUGCUGAUCGCCUCGGUCGCCGUGGUUUCCGCCGGCAGCCAGGGCAACAUCUUCGCCGCCUCGGCCUUGCGUAGCCUGCGCUUCUUGCAGAUCGUGCGCAUGGUGCGCAUGGAUCGGCGGGGAGGCACUUGGAAGCUGCUGGGAUCGGUUGUCUAUGCACACAGUAAGGAGCUGGUGACAGCUUGGUACAUCGGUUUCCUGGUUCUUAUCUUCUCCUCCUUCCUGGUCUACCUGGUGGAGAAGGAAGACAACAAGGAAUUUGCCACCUAUGCUGAUGCACUGUGGUGGGGCACGAUCACACUGACCACCAUCGGCUACGGUGACAAGACACCGCAAACGUGGACAGGGAGGCUGUUGUCUGCCGGCUUUGCGCUCCUGGGAAUUUCUUUCUUUGCUUUGCCUGCUGGAAUCCUGGGCUCAGGUUUCGCCCUGAAGGUACAGGAGCAACAUCGGCAGAAGCACUUUGAAAAGAGAAGGAAUCCUGCUGCCAGCCUCAUACAGUGUGUCUGGCGUAGUUACGCUGCCGAUGAGAACUCGGUUUCCGUUGCAACCUGGAAGCCUCAUUUGAAGGCGUUGCAUACCUGCAGCCCUGCCAAGAAAGAGCAGGGCGAGACGGCUUACAGUGAGGGUCACGGAAAGUUCUUCCGAAGGUAUACUAGGAAAUACAGGAGUCAAAAGCUGAGCUUCAAGGAACGAGUUCGCAUGGCGAGCCCGCGAGGUCAGAGCGUCAAGAGCCGCCAGGCGUCCGUCAACGACCGCCAGCGCUGUUCCCCCGGCAACGAGACGGCGAGCGGUGAGCUGAUGGGCCAAAGCCCCGCCAAGGUGCAAAAGAGCUGGAGCUUCAACGAUCGCACGCGUUUCCGACCCUCGCUCAGACUCAAGAGCCAGACGCGCAACACGGCUUCAGAUGAUGCCGGCAUGACCACGGAAGAUUCUCAGGACGAGCGAGGCUGCCACUGCGACGUCACGGCUGAGGACCUGUCCGCUCCCCUCAAGGCGGUCAUCAGAGCUGUCAGAAUCAUGAGUUUCCACGUGGCCAAAAAAAAGUUCAAGGAGACGCUGCGUCCGUAUGAUGUGAAGGACGUGAUUGAGCAGUACUCGGCGGGACACCUGGACAUGCUGUGUCGCAUCAAGAGCCUUCAGACCAGACUAGACACAGUUGUAGGUCCUGCUCCGAGGCCCCUCAGCAGGCACGCCAAGACCUUUUCCUCCCCGUCCUUGCAUUUGUAUUACGGUCAGGCCCGAAGGAAGUCCUCUGCACCGGGGUUAGACCCGCAAGCCAACUUGAGUAGUCGUCUCAGGAACAUGUCCUCUCCCGCCCUGCAUUACAAUUACGGCAACAGGAAGAAGAACUCGGCUUCAGGGGUGGAUCAAAUCCUGGGAAAAGGCCAGGUUGCCGUGGAUAAGAAGAUUAGGGACAAACUCAACCCGGAUGGAGAUACUCACGAUGGCGUCAGCAUGCUGGGACGGGUGUGUAAAGUGGAGAGGCAGGUUUCUUCCAUCGAGUCCAAGCUGGACUCCCUCCUGGACGUGUACCGCCAAGUCCUGCAGCGAGGUCCGUCGGGGCUGGCCUUGUCCUCCCUGCCCCUCUUUGAGCUGCAGCGGCACCGCGACUCCGAUUACCCGACUUCCAUCUUGGACCGAGACCCGCCCUCCCCGCAGGGAAGCGACGGCAACAUCCACCCGAGGGGUCUGCGGCUUAUCCUAGCCCCGGCCGACAGUGACGAGGGUCCUCCGGACUCCGCGCCCCCAUCCUACCCGCCGUCCACCGCCUCGCUGUCUCCGUCGCCCCUGCUGCCGCCCGACAGCCCCUACCCGACGCUGGUCACCCCCAACGGCACCAGGCGGGCCCACUUCCCCGACCUGCCUCCUCCGCCUCCUUCCGGAGGGGGCUUUACCCUCCAGCUGCCUCCCGUCACUCACCCCUCCCACCUCCGCUACCCCGUCUCGGAUGCCGCGGUGACACGCGGGGGCGGCCCGGCCCCGUCCGUGGUGGUGGGACCCGGAGAGGAGUCCGGUUUCGUGCAGCUCCGGGAGAAACCCGGCUGCAAAUCGGACGCCGCCUGGAGGCGCCACGUGAGCCUGGAGGUGGAACCCCUGCUCACGCUGUCGCCGGGCAGCGUCCCUUCCGCGUCCGAUUGGGGGGGCGCCCUCGGGAAGUCCCUCUCCAUGCACGAUCUCAAUCGACACGGGGCUGACGACUGGAGCGGGAGUGGACUCUUCAUUUGCGAGCGCAAACUGGGCGCCGCUGGCGACCGUUCGGACUCUGACGUGAGCCCCGCCGCUGCCCGGGAUUCGCGCCCUUCAGAUUUCCUGGCUCAGUCCCCGCAUAUCCAGCUGGCCUGA